GACACUCGGGGGUCAACCAACUCGGCGGAAUGUUUGUCAACGGCCGUCCCUUGCCAGAUUCGACCCGGCAACGCAUCAUAGAAUUGGCUCAUUCGGGAGCUCGACCCUGUGACAUCUCGCGCAUUCUUCAGGUCUCAAAUGGUUGCGUCUCCAAGAUCCUCUGCCGUUACUAUGAGACAGGCUCAAUCCGACCUAAAGCCAUCGGCGGCAGCAAACCACGUGUUGCCACCAGCUCUGUAGGUUUCCAAGAUACCGGUAUCUUAGAUAUAUGA